ACUAUUCGCACUAUUCGCACUACUCGGGACUAUUCGCUAUUCGCUAUUCGCUAUUGGGGUUUUCCAGACACCCUGAAGACAUCAUGGUCCACCGUACCUUAUGGCAGGACAGAAGUAAUGAAGAGAGAGUUCAUCAAAUAUAAUUCGUUAGUUAACACUGAAUACUUUGUUAGUCUAACUCGAUCUAAUCAGUCGAAUUGAAAUUUCACCAUCGCCCUCCCUGCCCUCCCCUAAUCCAUCGGGUUUUAGAAAUUUGGAGUAUUCCCACACCCUGGAUCAAAAACUUUGUCCUAAUGCCCCACCAUAGAGCCAUACUAGGUGAUCAAAUGCUUCUACCCAUGGGACACAAAUGAGUUAAGGAGAAGAAACAAAAUCCCCCUCUUCUAUUAUGCCCCAAGUAUUGUUUGUAUGUCAGUAAGAUGUAAAAGUGAUUAAAACUGCAAAACUAACAAGUGAAGAUGCAAAGAAGCCAGCAAUUCUUUAGGUUUUUCUUUGUUACCAAGAGAACCCAGUUACAUGCAGUGCAUUCCUAAUUAGUCAAAAAAUUGAGACUGAAUGCUAUGAUGGCUUUCUCAGAAUUAUGCCUAUUUCUCGAGAACCACUUGUUGGAGAAUUUCAUGAAAUUGACAAGGAAAUACCUAAGCUUUAAAGACAAUAAGUAACUGGAUAAAAUUGAAAACAUUGAAAAACUCUGAAAUUCUACAUAAUCUAGUAUCGUUCAACAAAGGAUAAUUAAAAAUCUAUCUUUUAAUGUAUUAAAAUAGUGAUAACAUGCAAGUAUUGUUUCAAGGUUGUUGCAUGCAAAUGAAGAAGGUAGCAGUGAUUGUCUUUGAGAAGACCCUUUGGGUAAAGUCAAUAAAGGACGUAUGUUCGUGAGAAAAUCUAGCUUCUAGAUAUUCUAGAAGUGAACCAAGCCCAAUUUUAAAGACCUAGGGCCCGUUUCUCGAAAGCCCCGAAAUCUUUUUGGGCGUGGAAAGCCAUUUCUAGUUAAUCGGUAUUUAAAGACAGAGAAGUGUAUACAUACGCCUGAAAAUUCUUGUAUGAAGAGAACCUCUGUUCGUAUUAAGAAUAUAUGAUUGAAACAGCUCGGUAGUCAACAGGUUUGCGAUUUUGAUACGGCUUUUCAGGUACGAAAACUUUUCGGGACCUUCGAGAAAUGGGCCCCUGGUUAAAAGGAUUUAGCUUGACUGACUGCUUGACUAGGCUGCCCAGUAUCAGAAGAAGCUUUUGCUGUUAAUCUAAGGAAAAUUAUUAGGAACCAUUAAUUUAUUUUGGGGGGUUGUGGGGAGAGAGUGGGUGGUGUACUUUGAUAAAUAAUAGCUGACCGUGCUAACACGACAAUUUUUUUUAUCAACACCCCUCCCCAUAGCUGUUGCUAGUAUGGUCCAGCUAGCUUCCUUGCUUAGGUCUUUUUAAGCCGUAUUCUCUUGAGGUUUCUGCAAUUGUUUGGGUUUUUAUGGGGUCAUGUAAUUGGGUCCACACUCACCACCUAACAUGAAGGGCUAGUAGCAACAUGUCCUUGUUAGAUCUCCCCCUGUAAAUCAUUCUGCCCAAAUUGAACCUAAAGGGGGCCAUGCUCCAACUAGCAUAGCUCUUGACAUUAUUAACAGAUCUAAGAUUCACCACUACAACAAGGUCACUUGCCCAACAUGGACUUGGAAAACAUUACUUUGCAUUUUUAAAUCUAAUGUCAAGUGAUUUAUUUAGAAAUAGAGUUCUAAAAGUCAUGAAAGUACCAUUAAUCCUUAGUUGAAAUUCCCACACUCUAAAAUAGGUCCAAUCCUGUAAUAACUUACCUUCCUCAGGGGGUGAGGUAAAAGAGGAUUUAAGCUAUGCAGACUUAAGUUUUUCUGGCAAAUAAGGAGGCUUAUCUGGAGACUGAGUUAACGUUCAAACUGUGUAUUUCCCAACAGUAUUCAACUCUUGACUCUGAAAUGUUCACGAGAUACCUAGAGGCCAUUUUUGGUCAAUCAGUGUCACAAAGGUGCAAGAACGACGUUUACCGUAAAUCUGUGAAUUAGCAACCCCCCCCCCUCCUGGAAUAAGCCUCUCCUUUAACAACAACCCCUCGUAUUAGCAAAAUUCGAAAUAAGCCCCAACGAGUGGGCGCCUCCCUCUCCUCCCCCUCUUUUUUGAGGGAAAAAUAACAAAGGUUUAGUACAGUGUAACCAUGCUUAAUCACCUGUGCGGAAGUUUUUUAGAAUCAUUGGUAUUUUUUCUCCAUUACAUCAUUACAACACAAGAAAGCAUGUUCCUUUUAGUUGUAAAUUGCAUUUUACAAUUUGGUGAACUACUAUAUAGACAACUUUGUAUUUAAUACUCAAGUUAGUUGAGCGCCCUCCCCCAGCCUUGUUCUAAAUUUGAAAUAAGCAUCCCGGUUGCUAAUUCGAGGAUUUACGGUGUCCGUCAAAACGAAACUGCUUGAUUCACAUUUAUUUGUUUUCUUUCUUUCUUCUGCAGUGAACUGCGGAGACCAAGGAACUCAGUUUUUCCAUCUUGCUGGGUAUGGCAGGGCUGAAAAGUAUCUAAGAAAGCACUUACAAUCAAGGAGCACAUUAGUGUUAGAGAAAGAGAAACAAUAUUUACAGAAACUUAGGAGUUUUGGGGAGCAAUGUAAGGCGUUUUAGAAAGAGAUGCUUGUUCAGUGCACAGAUCAAUCAAAGCUUUGUCGCGAACUGGCUUUCGUGGGUGUUUUUAAAGACAAAGCUCUCAACAAAGGCAUCGUCAGAAACGUAACCGUACAAGACGAAGAACUGUGUCAAUGGAAGUGUUUUCUGGAUGAUUCCUGUAAAUCCUACAACCUUGGACCACCUCAGGUGGGAGAAGAAGGGAGAAGAGUUUGUGAACUGAGCAACUCUCACCAUGUAUUACACCCGAAGCAUCUAGUGUCUAGACCUGGUUUCAUUUACCGUUCCUCAGUGAAUCCCUGUGGUGCUCCUUGUCCAGAGAAGCAAUCAUGUUUGUCUUUUGGCAACGCGGGGAAAUAUUCCUGCCGUUGUCCAGAUUCUGGUUUUACCGGAAGUACCUGCACCGAAGAUAUAGAUGAAUGUGUGGCUAAUACGCAUGACUGUGCUGCUGAAGCAGACUGCAAGAACACCGAAGGCUCGUUUAUUUGUACUUGCCAUGACGGAUAUCAGGGCGACGGCAAAACUUGUCAAGAUAAAGAUGAAUGCUCAAGGGACGAACACAACUGUAACUCCGCUAAGGCUUGUGUGAACACGAUUGGUAGUUUCACGUGCUCUUGUUCUGAGGAGGAGAUCCGGGAUGGAGGCACAUGCGUUGGCUUUCCUUUCCACUGGACGCUCAAUGGUACGGACAGACUUCUCAGGUUAAGUGCGACUGCAAAGUUCGACGGUCAGGACGGGAUUACAGUUCUGAAACUCGAUGGCAAGCCAUUGUCGUACGCUGAAACACCAGCUCUUCCAGUCCACAGCACAGACCUGACUAUUGCCGUGUGGAUCAAGCUGUUGGGGAUACAAGGGAACCGUCAGCUGAUUUACGGUGAUUGGCCGGCUAGUCAGUCAUUCGGCUUGGGCAUUGAUCCUAAUGGUAGACUCUGUUCCGGUGCAUGGAGUGCUACCGGUAAUGUACCUGUUUUUGCAUUUUGCCGGAGUGAAAUCAUCGUUCCAAGAAAUGAAUGGAUUCACGUAGCAAUGAGUUGGAAACGCGGGUCCAGUGGAAAACUUAAACUGUAUGCAAACGGAGAGAAAAAAUUUGAAACUGCCGUUGAUGGAAAUGUAAAUCUCGAUUUUAGGAAUUCAGGGCGUUCAGUUUACAACAUUGGCUUAAGAAUAGACACUGGAGAUACAAUCCAGGCCUACCUAAGUGAUCUGGUGAUCUUUAAUCGCGAGCUUCCAGAACACGAACUUAUGGAGGAGUGGGUUCAGAGUCACGCACUUUACAAUACUCUCUUUUCUUGAUUAAACGUGAGAAGCACCAGAAAAAUGGGAAUACUCAGCAUACUUUCCAGGUGUUCUGUUUGCCCAUUCGAUCUGCAACAGCAUUUUAUCGCCCAAAUGGCCCACACACAUCCUGCACUCCACGCUGACCCACAAAAUAAGGAGCCCGCAUAGGACCUAGGAUGAGGGCUCCUGAACAAGACAGCCCCUAGAGGAGGGGUUCUCUCUAUGGUGGACUAAGCAGGGAGGCUUCACCUGAAAGGCUUCCUUUUUCAGACUGGCGGUGAAUGAAGAGUCUCAUAGAGAUAAUUGGCCAUUUAAUUGUGGCUAAAAUUAAAUUUGCAGCACACGUACCGACUACAAAUUUCACGACCUCUAUUUUAUGUAAAAAUGCUUUGGGUCAGACAAUCUUUACCGAGCACUCUAAUUCCAUAUCUGGGCAAAUAAGUAAACUUCGCACUAUGUAAUUACAGUAUCAAUAAAAAUUUUAAAAAAUUGGCAAAAAAAUUUUCUUCUAAUCAUUGUUGUUGUAACGGGUAGCAGAAGUACAUUACAUCAUGGCGAAAGACGAAAAAUCUUAUGGUCUCAUGCCCUUAAACACGGUCGCCUAAGAUAGAAAGAAGUAUUUGUUAACCGAAGUUUAAGUCCGUUGUUAUUUUGAACAAAUCCAACCUUAUCUUGUGACCUUCAUUAGACUUAUUUUCUCGCAGAAAGCAGCGGGGAGGAUAUCACGUUCAUUGACUAAAGCUUCUACAAGCAAUAGGGUCUUCAAGACGCUUCAAUAACUCCAAAAUAAGUGCGAUGAUCCCUUGGUUUAUUCAGUGCGCUCCUAAGAUGAGAUGUUCGUUAUCUAAUUACAGCGAAAGUUUCAAAACAUUUAAACAUGCGAAGAUUUGGGUGGAACUUUCGUAAUGGUGCGUAAUAGCCAGAUAGCCAGAUUCCUCCUAGAUCGCCUAGACGAUGUAAAUCCGAGGUGAUAUCCUACCUUUUUACACUAGUAAGCAGAUUAUUGAAUCUUUUGUACUUGUAAAUUGACAACCGAAACAAACUAUGCCUGCGAAACGAAGUUCAAAUGACUUUGCCGUUUUGAAUAAAAAUUUAUGAAAUCUUGGUUAACGGGGAGGAAAACACUGACAAGUAAAAAGUGAAAAUUCAAAAUGCACUUAGGUCAGCUGGAAAUUCAUCUGACAAGUUAAGUUCACAACAAAUACGACAAACUACAACUUUACCCGUACAGUACAAUUGAAACACCAGACUUGUUGAUUGUUAGUCAAAUUUUCAUUCCUUCCUUGACUUAAGACCUGUUGACGGCCGAUCGACAAAAUUCUUUUCUUUUUUUUUUUGUUGAUGUUAGAAGAAUCACUUUUGCGAGUUCAAACUCUACCUCUUCACUUUUCAGUCGGCACUAUCCUUUUAGCUAUCGACUAGUCCGUCCCCCAAACAAUCUUUUAUUGUCUGCCAUGGCCAUGUCAACAAAAGGCUUUUUUCCCAUCGCUCUCUCUCUUUGUUAACCGUAAGUCUAGCUGUCUGGUUUGACAAAUAUAAAAAAGAAUAAUUUGAAUUGUCGUAAUCUGACUCACUUUCCCGGAGCCAAAAUCCAGCUAAGUCGGUUCAAAUCUGCUCGAGGGCCUUUAUGAAGCCAGCAAACGAAUUGAAAGAGAAAACGUUCCUUAGUUUUACGUUAUUUUUUCGGGAAAAGAAAUAAGGAAUUAAUCAGUGGCAGGUGUGUCACGUUUACAACAAGAAAUAAUUUUAUUCAAAUGAGUACUCGCAUUUUUCAAGGAAACUUGCUGGAAUCUGGGUUAACAAUGACAAACGCUGUAAACUCAGCUUAAGUAAAACAAAUAACAUUUACCCAGGCAAUGAAGUCAAAAUACAGGCUAUUUAACCGUAGAGAUGUGCUCAACAAAAAUCCACAACAAAAACUUCACCCGUAAAGUCAAAUUCGCACACCUGAUGUGUCGCCUUUUCAAGUUUAAAUGGUUUACACAAACUGUACUUUCCUUUUGAAACGUAGCGACUGUAGUUGGCCAAUAUAUCGCUUCUUUCGUCCCGUUGUUUGCCGUAACAGUGAUUAAUUCCGUGAGUUCAAACUCUCCCGUUUUCCUAAACGGUUGCAUUUUCUUGUUGGUAUCGUUUUCGUCAUCCCAAUAAAAUUCUUCGUUUGCCAUCGACCGUCGAUGAAGGUUUCCAGGGCUUUGAGGGAACGUGGGGACAUCAUUUAUUUCAAGGGACCAAGGGAUAUUUAUAGAUUAAUUUGAGGAAACAAGGGAUAUCUUUACAAUUAAACGUAACUUUGACAAAACAUUUUAGGGAAAAAUGACAUUUUUUAAUGGGGAAGAAGAAAGAAAAAGUGACAUUUACCAGGGAUCUAGGGAAAAUGCUCGUCUCACGAUAGGAAAGGAAACAUUUUAUUGGGCUGGCCUUUAGAAAAAGCAAAUUACUGUUUUAAAUUAAUAUUGGAAAUUCCACUGCUAAGGUUUCUUCCCACCCUUCGGAAAAAAAUUCGUACGCGCGCCAGUUGGCGAAAAUUUCCCCUCGCGGUUUCGUCUUUUUAAGCGAUUAUGACACCUUCCUGGUUCAUUAACUUUAUUUGAAAAUACGUUUUUUUCUAAAUAAUU